AUGGUACAACAGAAUGUGAAACCACCUGGAAAACUCCAUGCGGCUUGCGAUGAGUGCCGCACACGAAAGUUGAAAUGUUCGGGCCAUACACCAAGAUGCGUCCGUUGUCAGAAAGAGAAGAUCGAGUGUGUUUACUCGCCACAGAAGCAGAUGGGUCGCCCUAGAAAGAGGAUGAGGGGGGACGAAGCGGACGAGCCUACGGAAAUACUUGCAGUAGUGCGAGACGAACAUGUCGAGGUUUGGAAUGACUUCUCGGGAAUGCCAGACUUUACAGAUCUCGACAGCCUACUAUCACCGCCGCUUCUGCAAGAUGUGCAAUCAUCGGACGGUUCGGCAGGCAAUGAGAUUAUUACACCGCAUCAUCACGACCUCAGCCUUCAAGAUCAGUUCCAAGUGCCAUCCGGGUACAACGAUGUAUAUACUUUGGAUACAACCGUCGAUCCACUGUUAUGGAAUCUGGCGCCUGACAUCCAACCUGAUAUCCAGCCUAUUGGCUCUCACCAUACUUUCUCCGAUCAACCAACCACAGGGCAGUGUUCGUGUCUGACAACAACGUGGCUAACCCUGACCGAAUUACAAGCUGUCGUCACCUUUCACUUCCCUCAAGUUGUUCUGCCCCUACGAAAAGCGAUGACAUCGCUCUCGGAGUUGAUACACUGUAAACAAUGUCCAAGAGAGUCAUACUCAGCGAUCCAGAAUGUGCAAUCAAUAGUGUCCGUAAUGAAAGCGGUAGUGGAGCGCUUCAACAAAGUUCUGAUCGAAGUCGACCGCGAGGCGCUACGCCUAGAAGAGACGGGUCAAAAGAAACCAUAUCGAAUUGGCGACAACAACCCAGCUUUGCAACAUCUACAUACUGGCACUCUUGACUGCCCAAUGGGAUUCAAUAUUGAGAUCGAGGGGAAGGACUGGAAGAAGUUAGUCAAAACUGCGUUGAAGACUGAGGUCUAUGGCGGAGGAAGCAAUCCGCGACCAUUGCUGGAUCUAGUAAAGGAGAGCGAGGCAAGACAAGAAAGCUGGCAUACUAAGAGUCACUCUUGGAGCGAUGAGAUGAAGCAGUUGCAUGCUGGAAGGUCUGAAUGUGAUAAUUCCGGGGCCUGUGAAGCAUUGGGAGCGCAGCACAUACGGAGAGCAAUCAACAACCUCAGAUGGGAUUGA